AUGAUGAGGUGCCGAAAGGCAUCACUCAAGCUGAAUGACGACAGGGCACGAGGGUGCCGGAGGCAACACCAAGCUAGCAUGUCGCAAGGCAAGGUGGCUAGGCACGAGGGUGCCGGAGGCAACACCAAGCUCGCAUGUCGCAAGGCAAUGUGGCUAGACACGAAGGUGCCGAAGGGGACACAAAGCUUGCGUGUCGCAAGGCGAUGUGACUAG